CAGUAUGGCGGAAGAGGACAGUGAACUGGAGUUGGAAAGGUUUCAGCAAGAAUUGGAGAGUUUGUUGAACGCCAGUGUAGAAGACGAGCACGGACUGCAGAGCAAGUUUUAUUGUGUUAAAUUCUGUGAGCUGGUUGAGGAAUACACAGGACGAUGGCAAGUUCCUCUACCACAGCUUCAAGUCCUGAGGAGCGCUCUGUGUGCAUUUGUCCAUGGCACUGCGUCCUUCCCGUCUGAUUGUGAGCAUGUGCGCUACACUCUAGGCAGUCUUGCACUGAGCAUAUUUGAGCUGCUGCUAUUUUUUGGAAGAGAUGAGUUUCCUGAGGACCCUCUAAAGGAUAUUCUGGACUCCUUUCAGGAAUGCCACUCCAGUCUAGUGAGGUACCAGAAUGUGUAUCUGCUGCAGGUGAAACACAUCAUCAGAGAUGGUGGGCCUUGGGCAAGCCCUGUUCUGGAGGGAAUUCUAAAGGAAUUGGAACAACCUCAAGAUGAAGUGGACAGGUAUCUGAGCUCUGAGGUACCCUUGUUCUUCGAGCUGCGAGUGCGAUACCUGCUAGCCUGUGAGCGGACCCAUGAGGCAAUGGCGCUUUCACAGAGGUGCAGCCAGCACCCGACAGCUGGUCGCCACAUUUACUUCAAGCAGGCCUACCUUGCCUGCCUGUGGAAGACCUCUCAGCAAGAUCGCCUGUUCACAGAGAUGGCAGAGAUUGAUGGGAAGGAAGCAGUGGAGAUCCUCUGCAUUGCAGAACUUGAGGAAAAGGACAGUUUACUCCUGGAGCUCAGCAGAGGCUUCCUUCUGCAACAUCUGAGAAGUGGAGACAUGUAUCACAUUUGGGAUUUGGUGUUCAUAUGGUGUAAGGUGUACCUCAGACUGAAGUCCUCCAAAAAAGACUUUCUAGAGGAAUGCAAACAUCUUAUUAUGUCAGCCACCAAUGUGAAGGCAAUCUUUCCAUUCAUCAAGGCCAUCCUGGCAGAGCAAAUGGGAAAAGAGGGACUCACUUUUUGCAUUGAGCUCUGUGCCUGGGCGCUUGAGACUGACCUCAAGAAUGACCCAGUCACCAAGUCUCUUAUUUACAAAUCUAUAGCAUACCUAUUCCCCAAUGAUCUUGAGAUCUGCAGAGCCUGUGCCCUGCUUGUGUUCUUUUUGGAGUGCACUGUUGAGGCCUAUAAAACUGUGUUCCGUCUCUACAACCACCCAGAUUUGGAGUACCACCCUGACAGCAGUCCCGUUAGGAACAACAUACGUUUCGAGGUGGUUCAGAUGCUUAAAAAGGGCCUGUUUUUUGACCCUGAAUUUUGGAGUCUCCUACACAUCAAAACAAACUGUCUAAAGCUCAUGAGUGAUGAGGUGGCUAGAGACGCCCUGUUUGAAAUUAUGAAAGAGGAUAAGUGGGCGUCCAAUUACUGUGUUCGAAAAAACUGUGUGUGCCGUCCAGAGCCGGAUAGGACUGGCGUCAGAGACGAGGCAAAGCCUGCGAACGGUGUCAGAAAGGAGUCUGAGACGUCAAAACGGGUCAAAGCUUCUUCAGACCAUUCACAGUCUGAUACAUAUCAGACCAGGAUGAGAAAACGAGUGCAGAUCACAGAGGAGGUUCGGCGUUUACGGCAGUCGGAUUCGGCACAGAAUCACGCCGGGCAGAUGAACAACAGACUCCUUACUAGGCAGGCCGAGAAGAUUCUUCUCAAGCGCAGAGGCAGGAGACCUCGCUGGCUCCUGGAGCAGUUAGCGGCUCAGGGAGUUGCCGAUGUCCCCAGGGAAGGAAAGAAACCAGGCAGGAAGCCGAAGCAAAAGGUCGAAGCUGUUAUAGAAGACACGCCCAUCAUUGAAAUCACAUUGGAAUAUUCUUACCCUGAUAACGAAGUGGAUAUUCCUGCGAAUAUUCAGUUUCAGACUACAACGAAAAAUAUUUCCACAGAGGACAAACUGGACGAUCAAAAGAAUCCAGCGCCGCCAAGUAACGUCACUCCAAAUUCUCUACUUCAGUUAUUUUUAGAGGAAUCUACACAGACCAGCAGUGAAAAAGAUAAGGUCACGGAGAAGUUCCCAUCUCUGGAUGUUUCAGUUAUUAGACAAUUUCAUGCCUACGCAAUAGUCCCUGUGAAUGAAAGAACGUCGCUGAAUUCCUCGACGGUCAGUGUAGUUAAAACACCACGAGAAGUGGAACCAGAAAUACCAAUGGAAAUUCCUAUGCUUGUAAAGAAAUCUAGCGAACCUUUAAAGGUUUAUUCUGCAAAAACGAAAGCAUCCUCAAUGACUGGUGCUAUACCACAGGAGAUCUCUGGCCAGUCUGUAUUAAAAAGGCAUCCUGAUCCAAAAUUAUCAUCCAUUUCAACUUCUGAGCAAGCUGUAGUCGCAGAUAAAGUAGACAAUACUGUAAAAAGCACUGAUUCUUGCACAGAUAAAUCGACGGGUCAGUCUGACAGUACGCAUACAGCUAAAAAUGUUCAGGAGAGGAUUUCAAACCCCCUCGUAAAUGCAUGUGACAAACGUACUGAUCACAUUUCUCCAAAUAAAAGUGGGUCUGACAUGAAUUCUACCUCUGGAAACGUACUCCAAACAACAACCAAAACUACACCUAAAACUGCACAAGAAAAAACAGCAAACACUAUUCCAAUCCUUAAGAAAGUGACCGAGAGCGAUGAAAUCCCACUUAGAAAGAUUUCUACAAAUAUUCCCGCUGUUAAGUCUGUUAAGGAGGUAAAACCAAAACAGUCUCAAGAUGUGGCUGACCGGACAAUUGAGCACAAAUCACCUCCGGACAGACCUUCCAUGAACAACGGUCCAGCUCCUGUACAGAAAGAACUUGUGCACCGCUGCAAACUUUGCAAUGAAGAAUGUAGGAACUCUGAAAUCCUAAAUCAUGCUUUGUGGCACUACCGCACUGAAAAGAUGUGCAUGUUUUGUCCAAAUUUUACUAAUUCCAGUGGCGCCUUGUGUCAUUUUAAGAAGCAUGUCAAGGAUCUAAAAAACGCUGAUGUUCCUCUUGAGGCAAAGAAGCCUGAAGACGUAAUUGCACCCACUGAGAAGCCUGAUCAAACCGUUCCUGCGCUGAUGCAAAAGAAACCAAAGCCCGGAUUUGCACAGAUCAAGUCGAAGCUGCUGAUGAGGAUACAACUCAAAAGCAAAGCCAGCAUAACGACUCAGCAAGAUUCAGACAAAAGAUUUAAUUCAGAUGAAAAAUCAUUGACACACAAGGAGGACCAAGCCGUUAGAAAAUCGCCAUUGCCUCAAGAGCCGAAGAAAGGUUGCAGGGCUGACGAGAGACGUGUCGAGGAGAGCAGCAGCCUCGAGAAGAAGAGAACGUACUUCACCAGAGGUUUAGUAAAGAAGUCUGAAUCGAAACAAAAGAUGCUCAGGAUGAGGCUGGCCAGAAAAGCAAAGUCUGGAUCAACAAAAGCGGAUGGAAAUCGAUCGGCACCCAAGGACGCUUCUGUUCACAGGAAGAAUGGAGUCAUUAGGAAGAAGCGAAAGAUAAAAAAUAAAGACGCGAGUCAUGCAGCUGAUAAAACUGCGCAGCCGGUGCAUGCUGAGCCGACAAAACAAAAGGCUGAGAAAAUUAAAGAUGAUCAUAAUGAGACCAAACAGGACAAAGAAGGCAGCAAUAGUGUUGAAGAACAAAAUUCGAAUUGCUACAAAUCUGAUGCAAAACCAAAGGAGAAUAAGCGCAAAUCGUCUGAGCAAAAACAGGACGUUAAAGCAGGUAAAAAGAGGAAAGUAUUGGCUGUACCCAGCGAAGGACGUGGGGCUAAUCAAAACCCAUCAGAACAGGAAACUGACACAAGAAACGCAAUAAAACAGGACAGUUUAACAAGAGACUUUAAUGAAAUCUCAGAUCCAGUACCGAGUAAAUCAAGUAGAAUUCAUAGUGUAAUCAAAUGCCCUAUAGAAAUGUGCACGUUCCAAGCAAGGCUGAAUCCCAUCCACGCUCAUGUUCUCAGCAACCACCCAGGUGACAUGAAAGCUCUCGAGUUCCUUUACCACCUCUCUCAGAAAAAGUGUGCGUUUUGCACCCAAAGGAUCUGUACCCCUCGGCACUUCUGCGAUCACGUUGUCAGGCAUCGGGGUCACCUCAGGCACCCGUGCUACGAUGUAGACUGCAAGCUGAGGUUUAAAACCCGACCGGAGCUCUCCGAACACAUGCAGAGUGACCACUGCCCCCUGAAAGCAGUCUGUUCUUUUCCAAAAUGCACGGUGCAAUUCGAUUGUCUCAAGCUCUUGUACGAUCACGAGAAGAACCAUUACAAAAUGGCUUGGGAAAAUGCCUCAUGGGAGAAGGACACAUCAGUCGAUCAACAAAUACAAUCAGUCGAUGGUACGGAACGACGAAACAGCACGACUCCUUCUAAGCUAGAGGAGGAAAAUCCUUCCACAAACCCCAAACUUGUCAACGGCCACAGUAACCACGAACAAGAAAUGUCCAGUACUGCCCAACCUACUCCCGUAAAAGAGGACACAAAGACCCCGCUAGUAGCUGUCAAGCCUUUCAGUCGACCUCCCCCUUCCGCCUACCUGGAUGAACUGUACCUCACGAUGCCCAAACGCUGGAAAGGGCCUCAGGUGAGCCCCAAGGGCUCAGAGACGAGCAGUAGUAGCCCCUCCAAGAAACAUCGCUGCUCCCGAUGCUCCGCGGCCUUCGAUAGCGAGGUUGAGCUGCAGCAGCACAGAAGUAAAUGCACCUCCCUCUUCGGCUUCGAUUCAGACGAUGAAAAUUCCUUCUAAAGACGCAAUUGGCUGAAAGCUGCCAGAUGUUCCGAAGACUAAAGGAACUUGGGAAUGAAAAUGGUGCAAGCAGUUGACUUGUGUUACUGUUGCUUAGUUUUAUAGCCAAGCUUGGAGACUUUGGACUUGUAUAAAGAAUAUUAGUGAUUUGAACUCAUUUGAUGAUACAAACUUCAACACUGCUGUUGAACGACGCUGACAUCACUGCAGAACAUUUGCCGUUAGUACCUAGGUAAUAAAUUGACAGCUCGGGAGACGCGAACUGUUCAAGGAAUUGCUCAUGUCCCUGCCUUUAUUUGACUUUUUUAAUGGAAGAUGGAGCCAUGAGCCAUGUUCAUGAGAAUGCUGCCUCAGUGUUUUUAAUCAAACAGACUUUAAAGAAGCAGAUGCAAAGUAAUUAUGUAAUUGCACUCUUUGAAAUCCACCUUAUUUUAUGCACAUUUGGAUAAUCUUAAAUAAGUAGUUUAUGUUUUAUUAAUAUUUUAUUACCUGUACUGGUAAUAUUGGAUUCCACAUACUACACAUACUCAGAUUUGGUAUGAUUUUACAUUAAUUUAAGUGUUUAAGCUGCCACAUUACGUAUUAUGGAUUCGUAUAACGAACGAGAGCUGAAAUUUGGGAAUCGGUCUAGCUCUACUGUUAAAAAAAAUAGUCUGAGAGUCAUUUUUCCUCAAAAGAUUGUAUAUACAUUUGUAGAGUAAAUUGAAAUGACAAAGUAAGAGAUUUGUCUCCGAGGAGGCACGUCUGAGCUGUUCCGUAUGGGAGCAGUGAUUUACUUAAUUUAUUCUUAUUCUCUUUUGUAUUUUAUGUAAAUGUUUAAAAGUUUGAAUGGUAUAUGAUGGGAUGGGUCUGUGGGUUUAUAUAUCAAGAGUUUUCUGACCUA